UUUCGUCUUGGACUAAUCCAUAGAGAAAUCGAGAGGAAGCAACUGGGACGAAAUUUCACGAUUUUCUUUCCCUAUCUCUGCAAAUCGGCGCGACUGGCUGAUGCUUUCGAUAAAAUUAAUCCCCCUCCACUAUCAGGCAAUGAGGAAUCACAAGGCUUGCGAUCAGGCACUGCAAUGUUUCUCGUUCUAGUUGCUCUUAUUUUUCUCGGAAGCGUCGAGUCUUCCAAAAAGAGCUCAUUGCCGAAGUCCGCGAUCAAUUCUGGACAAUUUGGCUUCACUGGAUGCCCAACGAACAACGAUUUCUACUACAAUGGAAUCAUAUCGUCGCCUUAUUAUCCGAAGCUCUAUCCGCCAAACACCGAGUGCUACUACUACAUGACAGCUGAGCCUGGGAAAGUUUCUGAGGCCCCUAAUGCUACCGUGACGACUCCUGAUAAACUUUACACCACCACACAGCGGUUCGCCCUCGUCACCUUCCAGUCAGAUCCUGUCGUUCAAAAGACUGGAUUUCAGUUCGUAUACCAGUCUGUCUUCAGUGAGUGCCACAGUUCCGGACUUGCCGAAACCUUCAACGUAGACGCAGACUAUGCAGUAAUUUGGACAGCAGAAGAUUUGGCGAGUAACCAACUGCUAAGUGAAACCGUUCUUGGACUGACUGAAGACGUCCCUGAUGUCCUGCAGAACAACAAUACCAAUCUUCAAUGUAUCUUCAAGUACGCGCAAGGUGCCGUUAGUUUCGAGGCCAAGGAAAACAAGGAAAGAGAAGGGGUGGAGAAAGUAGUGAUCGCGUUCGUACCACAGAACCCCAGUGGUGACCAAGAUUUCUACGAGGCAAUGGAAUUCGCGCACACAACACGUACAACGGACGACACAAAGGUGAUCGUAAUCGCGAUGGGAAAGGAUCUCGAUGUAGCACGACUGUCGCUCCUGAGCUAUGGUAGUGGUUUCACGUUCCACGCUGAUUACGAUGGGCUCAGAGACCUGGUGCCAGCGGUCAAUGGUGCUCUCUGUGAACAGCAAUCCACCUUCCUG